ACUGCAGGUGGAGUUGUCGUUCGGCAAUUUUGAAGUACGGGCUGGAGGAGGUUUAACACACCCGAGCUGGAGACCAUCAGAAAAAGUACAGUCAAAGGUAAUGUGGCUCGGUCACGCUGGUUGGUCAUCAUCCUUGUCAGCGAGAUGACGGGAGGCACAGAUUGCCCCUGGACAGGUAGUUAGGUGUGUGUGCACCCCUGGACGGAGAAGAGACGAAUAUUCGGGACCAGGACCAGUAUUGUACAUUACUAAGUACACAAAAUGCGUUAUGGAACUGGCUGGUUAGCCCCUGCUGGUAGGUGCCAGAACUACACCAUGACGGCAAAAAUCAUUUUUCUCCAUUCAAACGUAACUAUGUUCUGACAAUAUAUAUUUUCUCCGGUCAACAUAUAUAAUAAUAUGAUGAAAUAUUUGUGAUGCAUAUGUUGUAGAUGUAGCCUAGAUGCCACUGAUAUUUUAUUUUAUUUUAUUUAUUUUUUUGAGGUCUCUUAAAUGGAUAUCCCCAUUCUUCUGUUUUUGACAAGAGGUCACAUGACAAAUUAUCCCGAAACUCAUGAGUGUUAAUGAGCAAAGAUGGCAGCAUUUAGCAGCAUUUUAAGGUGCAUUCACGCCAUGUUGUAAUUACCGUAAUUACAAGAUUCCAACUUGCAAAAAGUGUUCACAUCCUCGUAGAACUCGUAAUUACAAGCUGUAAACUGAAUUUUCUAAGCACUCCUACUUGUACCACAUGACCGCUGCGGAUUUAUUGAGGCAUUGAUAGUGUUGCCAUAGAAAUGCAUGAUUAUUACGGUAUUACGGAAAUUACGGUAAUUACGACAUGGCGUGAGCGCAGCAUUACAGCAGCAUACACAAUUAAUCCAAUCAGAAUUAGAGUUGGAAGUAUCUUUUCUAUAGCUGAAGUAUCUUUGAACUUCUAUAAAAUGCCCAAAAAAUAUAAGCACAGGUCCCAUGGAGUCCCUUGUAAAUUAAUAUGCUGGUGAAAAGCCAUUUAACUAUCAUUAAGUAUUGUACAUGUCUGAAAUGUUGGUCAAUGAGAAGAUAUUACAAUAAUUACAAUAAACAAUUGUGUAUUUGCAGUGAGUUCAGUGUAUCUAUACAUAAUGUAUGUGUGUAGUAGUCACUUUAGUAGUUACAAACAUUUAGAAAAAGGCUACAUUUUAUGCAGUAGCAUUGAAUACGCUGUAAUUGUCACUACAGAAAAGGCUGGACAUUCAGAAAAAAACAUGACUAGUGACAAAAUUUGUACCCUGUGUUUUGAAUUGACAAUAAACAAUUUACACAAACUUCCUGUGGAAUAAGUGCUCUUUAAAAACCUGUUAGCAGCUAACAGAACUCAAUACACGAUUGGAUUUGUAAAUAAUACUUUUUUGCUACCUAUUUUUAAAAACAACUCUCCUCCUAGACGACUGUUGAAAUAUCAUUUCCAUGGUUCACCCUUUGUGGGCAUAAGUGUAGCAUUUUGGAACUCUUCAUGUUGUUAGUGCUCCUGAUCAAAAAUGUUUGUAUGUAAGAACCUUAAGAACAAACUUCAUGUUAGAAAUGGGUAAAUACAUUCUGCCUGAGGUCACUGUCUGCCCAGCUGUGUCUCUCUGCUCUCAGGGCCCGGGAUGCCCAAGGAACCAAGAGGAGAUGCCCAAGGGUGUGUAGGGGAGAGGGAACGCACCUCUCGUCCAGCCAGUAAAAAUGCUAAGGACAAAAGCAACAGUGCCGCCCUUUUGGCAUCUAGAGCAAGAGCACACACUGAACAGGAAACAAAUGGACGCGACUCCCGCUGCUCUGAGAAAGACUCUGGUUACUCAGACACUGGCUCAGAUUCCUUGCAAACUGAUGCAGAUGACCAGCAGAGCAGUGUGAAUGAGCCUCAGGUCUGCAAAGGUUUGGGUGGGGUGGAGCAAGGCCCCCUACAGGGAAGCCACAUACUGGUGUCCGGGACCCCUGAACUCACCCCCAUAUUCAUCAUUAAGAAUGUGGUGUUGAAGCAGCCUGGGCAGUCUGGUCAGGAUCACAUCGUCCCUUCAUCUCUGUCAUGGGGUGGAAGUACUACAAGCAAUCAGGGUGCCACCCAUGUUCUCUUGCUACAACCACCUGACAUCAAUCAAAGCGCCCCAGUGCACACCCUCAAACCCCAGUCACAGAGAUCCGAAAGCAAGGGUGUAAAGAAAAGUAAAAACACUUACCUCCCCAUCCUAAACUCCUACCCUCGAAUCGCACCUCACCCUAGUAAGAAAACCCCAGAGAAACCUGCAACCAAUAGGGGAAGUAACACAGAGGAGCACAGCCUGAGUAAGAGAGUAUGCACAGAAGAGAAAAGAGAGGAGGUGUCCACAACUACACAAGUGACUAAGCAGCAUCUGCACAAACAGCCAGAGAACAACUUGCUGUUGCACUCUCAUUCCCUCGCACGGUCGCUGUCUGUGGGCCAUGAGACACUUUCUGCCUCUCACAAGCACCGGAGCCCAUGCCGCCCAUCUAGUCCCUCCACUUCCCUCAGUGUGAGCUCUCCGUCAGUCUCAAGCACCCAGACUCCUUCCCCACCCUCUUCCAAUGACCUUAUUCAGUCCAGAAAAGAGCCCCAUAAGCAUUGCCAAGGACCAAAAAAUGACACUGGCAAAGGGUCAAACACCCUCAAAGGGACAGCACGGCAUCGUCGCUUCCUCAACACAGUGGAGAUUCUGAGCCAGUCGGGGCUACUUGACAUCACCUUACGAACGCAGGAUCUGCUGCGGCAAAAUGCCGCCACCGAACGAGACAUAGCCCAGCUCCGCCAACAUGCCCAUCUGCUUUUCCAGGCUGCUCAAGCAGGUGUUGAUGCGCCGGCUGCCUGGGAGAAGCUCCAACAGGUCAUGGCUGAGUCUGGACACUAUCCCAGCCUCAAGUGCCUACCAACAGACAGCAAUGAUGGAGGGGACCGGUCUCAAUCAAAGUUGGAAGUUGAGACAGCCACUAGCACAAAACCUGACACUCAUGUGGUAUACAGAUAUGGAGUUAAUGGGACUGAAGUGGUGGCACCCCCAUCUCCUCUCCUAGCUCCCACGCCAGAUGCAGAGUGCCAGUCAAUAGGUCAAUAUGAUUCUGGCACCACCACUUUUGAGCAAAUCAGAGCCCACAGAGGAACUGCCAGUCCGCUGGAUGAUUCUAUAAUGCCACCAGACAGCUCUACACAUGGAAACCUGCUUUAGACGGCACCCAGAAACCUACUGAGCACCGGGUCUUCCUAGCAGAGAAGCAGCAAGGGAAACUUGACGAUACUUUCUUGAACAUCUCAACAUCUCAAACUUCAGAGAUGUUAUGUCAUUGCCCCAAGAUUCAGUAGUCUCUAUGGUAACUCAGGGCUAUGCUCAAGGACAGCAGCUCAACUGUGCUGUAAACCAUCUUCCUGUCUGUCACAUUUCUACUCAUCUGCAUCAGCAAUCAGCCAAAGUGUCUGAUGAGAUAUGCAGAAUUAAACACGCAUGCUACAGACUGCCACUAGUUAGUUUUGUCACUGACACAGUUUUCUGCAUAAGCUAUUCUGCCCCAUAACUGAAUUAGGUUUUCAAUGGCCACUUACAAAUGUGUUUUUGAUUGCAACACUUCGUGCAGUCGAUCACAGAGUGAUCACACAUUGCAGUCAGUUUCCUAAUUUAUUUAGAUUUUUAUCAUAGGCAAGUUGAAUUAGCAAUUUCUGUCACAGUUUGUAGCAUGUAGUGUUUUUAAAGAACAUGUUCACCUUUGACCGGGAAUGGUAUUUUACUAAAAUGUGGUAUUAUUACUGAUGAGAUCCCCUCUGUGAGGCCUUAUCACUUAAAAGAGCAUGAGGAUGGUGCAUGAAGAUUCCAAAAGUCAAAGCUUAGAACUGUACACACAUGCAAAGACACUUAGAAUUGUGUGAGAACUAUUCUCACAAUGAUCUUGGUAAGGUCCAUGAAGCUUGUGUUCUUCUAUGCAGUACGCACUUCAUUAAUAUGCUUGCUUUACGUCUUCAUCUUUGACCAUGGACCAACUGGCAAAUGGUAAAACACCCUCAAAGGGACAGCAUGGCAUUGUCUCUUCCUCGACACAGUGAGAUUCUGAGCCAGUCUGGCCUACUUGACACCACCUUAAGAACGAACGAUCUACUUAAGCCUUUUUGGUUGGCGUCCCUCUGAGAUGAAGGGUCAAUUUUGAAUGUUUAUGUGAGCUUAUUUCCCAUUUGUUUGAUCACAGAUCUUGUCGUUUAUGUAUUUGUGAGUUUGCUUGUGUUAAUGGUGUUUUGUGCCAGCCUUAAUGUGUUCUGCAACAUCUUUACGUUUCUUCCCCAAUUCUCUACUACUGCACCAAUCUUUUUGACACAUUUUGAAAUUCUUGACAUAACACUAAUAUAUUAUUUGUUGUUAUUUUGGUAUAUUAUUUCCAUUUAUUUACUUACUGAUUUGUCACUGAUUUGUGUCUAAGGAAGCUGUCAGGCCCACAUAGAUUUUGCAUAAUUCUGCUGUCAUUCACAAAAUUGUAUACAUAAUCAUAUUCAUUUAUGAAAUAUUUUGUCUAAUUUGAUUAUGCUUUAAGAGUUUAGUACUUUCAGCUUAGUUUAACAUAUUUUAUGUUUCAAUGCCGCGGAAUUUCACAGAUUUUCCCCUAAAAUCAGUAAAGGAAUUGAUGAAAGAACUGCAGUUUCCACCUUAGAGUCCUUCUUUAUGAUAGAUAUUUUUCUUCUACCAUAGCUUUUAAUUUUCUUUUUAUAGAUAUUGAAUGGUGUGUUUGUACACAGUAAUGAUCUUAAGUCCAAAUAAAUGGCAGUACAGUAGGGAUGUUCUGAGCUGUGUGUGUGUGCGUGUGUGUGUGUGUGUGUGAGAUGGCCAGGUGCAGCAGAUAAUGAGUUUGUGUUUGAAAUGAAUGGCAUGUUAUGACAUGAUCGAUAUUUGUGCUUCCUCAUGUAGCAGCACAAGCAGUAUGUGAUGCAAUUCUAAUGCAUCUAAAGAAUGAUUCUUUCAAUGUUUCCAUGCAGUAUGUUGGCUGAAGUCAGGAUCACUGCAACAGAUACACUAUUACACUACAUGCAGAUUCAAAUAAAAAGCUUCAUUAAAAGGC